GCGAGGAGGACAGCGGCGCUUUUCCGAGAGCAUACGAGACGGGCGCGCCGGCUGCGACCGGCUUCCUUCGCUCGUCAAUUACGACGACGUUCCGUUCGCCCCCUGCGGCAUACGUUUAUCUGGGCGCUCGUUUCUCGGUGCGGAGUUACUGUGUGCCGAGCUUGCGAAAGAAGGACGCGGUUGCUUGCGGCGUCCCCGAUUGCUUCGCACGUUUAUCGAAAGGCGCUGGAGAAAGGUGUACGACGCCAACUGCUGCAGCCCCCGAGGCGGCCGCCUCGCGUGUGUGCUCGAGCGAGGAAACGCCGUUGGUGCGCAGCGAAGCCUCGACAGAAGGCCCCGAAUGAUGGCAACGCGCCCGCUGACCCGGGUGAUCGAGGGCAUGCUCUGGAGCUACUACUUCCCCGAGCAAUGCGUCCGCUCGGCGCUUGCCUACCAGCCUCUUCCAGACGACGUGUUCAUCGUCAUCUACCCGAAGUGCGGAACGACCUGGCUGCAGUACCUCGUCUACAACAUAUACAGCGGCGCAGUUCCUCCCCGGAACCGCGAGGAGUUCUGGGACAGCACGCCCUUCCUGGAGAUGCGCGGCGCAGAGCGAUCGAUCCUGAGGAGAAAGCCGGGUGCCAUAAAGACGCAUUUGCCCUUCGACAGGCAGCCCUACUCGCCGCAGGCUAAGUACCUGUACAUCACGCGCAACCCGUUUGACUGCUGCGUCUCCUACUACUACCACACCAAGCACCUGCCGGGCUACUGCUUCGAAAAGGGCACCUUCGACGAGUUCUUCGAGCUGUUCAUCACGGGCGACGUCGAGUUCGGCGACUACUUCGACCACCUGCUGUCGUGGUACGCCCACCGUUCGGAUCCCAACGUCCUGUUCCUGACCUACGAGGAACUCAAGAGAGACACCGCGGCCGCUGUGGUUAAGAUGGCCGGCUUCCUCGGCGACCAGUACGCCGCGAGGCUGCGCGACGAGCCGGCGCUGGUCGAACGCAUCCUCCAGGCCGCGGCGCUGGGCAACAUGAAGAAAAUCUUCAACUCGUGCGACUUCGCCGUCAAGGACGAGGUCAGAUCGGCAAGCAUCAAAUACGAAGAGUCCCAAGUGGCAGCGAAUAGCACGAGCGUGGAAGAACUGGUUCGUAGGCCGAUGACCGGCGAAUUUGUCCGCAAGGGCACCGUAGGCGACUGGAAAGGACACUUCUCCCCGGUACAGGUGCAGCGCAUGCUGGAGCUCAUCCGAGUCAGGACUGGCGGGAGUGACGUCAUGGACUUGUGGAAGGACAUUGAUAUUCCCCGAUGACAGAUAGCAGGUCCCGCAGGUGUAAUAAACAUUUUCUUUUCAUUCUA